AUGUCCGCCUCGAUACGACCAAUCAGCCCGCCCCGGCCCUCGUCGGCAUCGGUGACGGCUACCACCGUAUCAUCGUCCUCGCCCCCGACCACCACCAGCAGGAGCACGGUCUUUCCGAGCGGGAGCUCUCGCGGCGGCGGAGGAGGCCCGUCCACGACCGGCCCGUCCUCCGCCUCGUCUGCUGCCCAUCCGCCUCAUCCUCAUCCUCAUCCUCAUCCUCAUAUCAACAACAACAACAACAAUAAUAACAACAACAACCACCCCGUCCCGGCGCCACCCGGCGUAGCAGCCGGGACACAGGCCCACGAGGCCCAGCAGACACAUCCUCCCGCUCACGCCCACGCCCACCCUCACCACAACCCUCACCAACCACACAUCCCCCACCCCGCCCAAGCCCACCCCCACGCCCAGCACAGGCCUCCACCACCCUCCUCCUCAUCAGCAGCAGCAGCAGCAGCAGCAGGCCGCGCCCCAGCCUCCCCGACGAACCCCUCGCACCUGCCCACCGAGGCAGAGCAGGAGCAGAUCGCCCAGGCGCGCACGGCACUGGUGGCGAGCAUCGGCAACACGCUCGACCACGAGCUGCAGACGCGCGCCUCGCUGCUGCACGCGAACCAGGCCGCCAUCGAGAAGCAGGAGCGCGACGUCGAGCGCGCCCUGGCCGACCUGCGCCGCGAGGACGACAGGCUGCUCAAGGUCCUCAACAACGGGUCGCGCCAGGUCAAGGAGCUGGGCGACGUCCAGAACUGGGCCGAGCGCCUCGAGAGGGACUUCCUCGUGCUCGAGGAGACCAUGAGGCUCGUCCACGAGGGGAGCGGCGGGAGCGGGAGCGAGAGUGGAAGCUGGACGGGGAGCGAGAGCGGGAGCUGGUCUGGGAGUGAGGGGGGCAGCGUUGUUGGGGAUGGGGACGAGGAUGGGGACGGGGACGUGAGGAUGGCGGAUGGCGAUGGGGACGGGGAUCUUGAUGUCGAACGUGUCGGCGAGGAUGCCGCGGCCAAGGGCAAGGGGAAGGGCAAGCAGCUGGACGAGCCCCCGUCUACGAAUGCCAUGGACCUCGACCCGACGACCCAGGAAUCAUCGCGGACUAGGCCAGCCGGCCCUGAGCCGAAUAUGCUUGUCGACCUCGUCUCGGCCAGCGGACCAACACCAGCACCACAGCAGUCACCGACAUCGACAGGCUGGCUGAGGAGAUUUUGGUGGCGGAGCUGA